AAAACAUCGGGCGGCAUCUUCAAAAAAUGAUUAUUGAUACACAGAUAUGAGCAAUGAUAACGAAGACAUUAGUAGUAUCAUUAAAUUGGGAUCUGGUGUGUGAUAAAGCCUGGUUGCCAGUUCUAGCUUUGUCCCUCUUCCAAUUCGGAGAGUUCAUAGGUCAAGGACUCUACCUGAUUUUCAUGCAGAGGUACGGCAGACGUCCGUCUUUCUUCCUCUUUCUUACUGUUCAGUGCCUUGUUGGAGUCGUAAGCGCAUUCUCGCCAGACUUUGUGUCCUUUGUGCUCUUUCGACUUCUGAUGGGCGUCACUGUGCCUGCUGUCAGCGCCACUCCUGCUGCUCUCGCCCAAGAGUUGGUAGGAGCGGGUCUAAGAUUGCAAGCUUGGCUAUUGAGCUGUUUUUCUAGAACUUUAGGGAUGCUUCUGUUGAGUGGAGUGGUUUAUCUCAUACGUGAUUGGGCCCAUCUCUCCUUGGCCAACACACUGCCCUUCAUCGCCUUCUUCUUAUAUUGGUGGAUUCUUCCAGAGUCACCGCAAUGGCUACUAAACGAAGGAAGAUUCGAAGAAUUAGGUAGAUUGUAUAGAACAAUUGCUCACACCAACGGUGCUAACCUCUCUCCUGACUACAUUAUCAAUCUGAAGAGGAGAUUUCGAGUGGAAAGGGCACUCCAAGACGAGAAAAGUUCUGAUGAUAGUUAUUCCUUAGCUGACUUGUUCAGAACACCAAAUUUAUGCCGUAAAACCUUGAUCGUUUCCUUUGUACGGGUGACUAACACGGCAGUGUGCGUUGGACUGACGUAUUACUCUGUCGAAAUAGAAGGUGAUCUGUACCUGAACUUUUUCCUAGCAGUUGUUGCCGAUCUGAUGGGUUUAGUGGUUGCUCUUAUCAUGUUAAAGAGGUAUGGAAGGCGUUGUUCGGUGUUUUUAUGCUCCGCUGUUGGUGGAAUGCUGUCAUUGAUUAUAUCAACAGGCAGAUGCAGUAAGAAGACAUCGCAAGUAUUGUUUGUGGUGGCCAAAACUACGGUGUCGUCAUCGUGUAUCAUCCUGCCACUAUGGAGCUCUGAAUUACUUCCGACGGUGGUGAGGGAUGUGGGACAAAACAUGCUAGAAGUUCUUUGCUGCUUGUCUCCAGUCAUCAUACCUUUGCUCAUUUAUCAGAAAAGAAAUCAUCCAAGCAUUCCUCUAGCAGUUUUGGGAUCUGUAGAAUUAGUAUCAGCAUUGGGCGCCCUGAUGCUGCCGGAACCCUUCGUCCAACAGCUUCCUCAAACCUUAGAAGACGGAGAAGAAUAUGGGAAACACUGGAGUCUGAAGGACUGCUUCCGGUGCAGCCUUCCCAAGAUGGAGAGUAAGAACGGCAUGGUGAAGCCAUCCAUUCAAGUCCCGCAAUCUCCUAUACUCAGCCUACUACGUCAUCGAGACAGCCUCCGAGGGACCAGCUCAGAGGGAGAGACCGAAAGUCAAUUGGAGCAACAAACUGGUGUCAAGACGGUGAUGGUCACGGUACUGUAAACGGAGCGAACUAGUCCAAUUUUUGUCAUCACUAAUUAGAAAAAAAAAAUUUCGGAAAGCCUUCGAGCCAUUGUAGACUUUUAUCUUUACAUUAAAAACUUCGUUUCGACAGAAAUUCGGGCCCUUUAGGUUUACGUUUAUUAUCUAACACGAGAUUGCGUGAUAAGUUAAUUACGUUACAGUAACUUGUAAUUGCUGGUUUGAAUCGUCGUAAACCAAAGAAAAAACGUCGAUAAGCACAGAAAAUAAUGCUGAAAUUUCGUAUGAGAGAAGGAAAAAACACGAAUUUUUCGGGGUGUAAUUAGUUUUAAAUGGAAAAAUUAGCGUGUUUACAGUUAUGACCACGUGGUCGAAGUAGAUUAUCUCAUUAAAUGGUUGGUCACUCUGUAAUCUUCAAUAGAUUAAACGAAAACGUCGAGCUUUCGUGCAAUUUCGCAAUUAAAAAUUACAAAAAGAAUUGUUUGAAGAGUUUAAAGUUAAAUUCUCUUUGCUUAGUUAUUGAAACGAGAAAGACAUUUUUCCCAACAACGUUAUCAAUUAUUAAAAUUUGAAUAGUUUGCAUCACUUCGGGCUUUUAUGCUUGAGGGAAUUACAAUUAAAAGAAGAUUCGAGGCGCAUAUCGCUAAAUUUAAUCAUAAAAUUUUUGUUGUUUCUGAAGCAUUAAAAGUGAAAUUAAUCACGAAAAUACGAACAGAAAGUUUUAUUCAUUUCGUAUUAUUUAAAAUC